GGGUUGCAAUUUAAUUUGAGAUUAUGAAAUUCUGAUUAUUCUGGAAGCUCAAAGUGGUUGUACUUUAUUUUAAAAAUCCUGUCGUCCUUUUUUAGAUGUUUCUUUGCUGCCUUUGAGAAUUCAGGCCAGUCUUCUAGAUUGGUACUGUAUUCUUUGGGCGAUAUUUUGAUUUUGAAGAUAUCAUUAAAUGGAUUGUUCCUGAUAAACACAUUGGCGGGGAACUUUGAGCUCAAGAGCUUGUGGUCUUCGAGGAUUUUUGAUUUGUACAUGUAUUUUAUGUUCAUGAUGUAAGAUGGAGAUGUUUUUUCGAAGAUCUCUUUUGCAACAAGCAGAUGCUUGACCCCUUCUCUGUAGCUUUGGAAGAUCUCUUUUUCUUUGUUUAUGUACUUCACCAUAUACUCAUACUGUCUCUUAGUGGGAUUACAAGAAGCUAUGAGCUCGUCAAUCGGAGUAAAAUUGUGUUUUUCUUUAAAUUCUGAUAUUUGGUAUUUAGACAAUUUUAAAUAUUUUUGGAUCGUCACAUAAUCUUGUAUAGGAGAUUGGUCAAAGUCACCCCAAUAUUUGCUACUUCAAGCCAGGGUAUGGAUGAUUUAUGAGUGCUUCAAAGGUGGCAUCCAGAAACUCUUUAUGAAUUCUGAUCUCUUCUCUUAUGCCGCCCUCGAAACAGUCUACUAAAGCUUCUUUAAUUUCAUGUUUAUUUCUUCAUGGUUUCUCUAUCAAUAAACCUCUCACAUACGCCAUCUUGUAUAUUAUUAUACUUCUCAAUAAACGAUACAGAAUCUUUACCAAUAACCUCAAGCUUGUCGUUCCUGUACGAUAUUAACAAAUUUUGGAGUCUGAAGUUCUCCCUUUCAAGCUCGGCCACUCUCUCCUCCAGUUGUUUAAAAUACAUCUUUUUGCGAUCUCUUGAUUUAUUUAGACCUAUUCCUUCCACUUUGCCUUUUAAUUUCUAUUUUAUUCUGUUUCUCCUUAAUUCAUCCACUACUCCCAACCCUCUCACUCAAAUCCUGAUUCUCUCCUCUAUCCUUCCCAAACUCUUGGUCAAACCCUUCAAAUCCCACCUCACUUGGUCCUUCUCUUUCUUCUAUCCCUUCAAAAAUCUCUUCUGGUCCAAACUCUCAGUCCAUAAUAAAAUCCUCUUUUUCUAAA